AUGGUCAAGUCGUGCGCUCGCCUCGCCGCCCACUUCCUCUGGUACUUCUACGCCAUGGCGAUUGCCAUGCGCUGGCAUAAGCCCGACAAUGUCGCUGGCUCGUCAGCCCCGGCCAUCAUGGUUGGCCUCUUUGUCGCUUCUGGUGGGCUUUUGUUUGGCUACGAUACUGGUGCAAUAAAUGGCAUACUCGCCAUGGACGAGUUCAAAAAACAAUUCGCUACAAAUUGCAGCGACGCUGGCACCAACACGAAUCUUUGUCCAAAAGACUCUUCGAUAAUUGUAGCCAUUCUGAGCGCUGGAACUGCUCUCGGGGCCCUCAUGGCCGCUCCAUUGGGCGACUUCCUGGGACGUCGCAAGUCUCUCCUUCUAGGCGUCGCACUCUUCUGCGUUGGUGCCAUCUGCCAAGUCUGCGCUGAGUUUCUUGCCGGUGUUGGCGUAGGUGCCGUCUCAGUUCUUGUCCCCAUGUACCAAUCCGAGAUGGCCCCAAAAUGGAUUCGUGGUACGCUCGUCUGCGCUUAUCAGCUUUCCAUCACAAUCGGUUUAUUAUCAGCUUCAAUCGUCAACAUCAUUACCUCACGGAUACCAAAUUCCUCAUCAUAUCGCAUCCCUCUCGGGCUACAGCUUGUCCCCGCCCUCAUCAUCACUGUUGGUCUCUUCGUUCUCCCCGAGACCCCGCGAUUCCUAGUAAAAAAGGGCCGAAAUGAGGAAGCUGGUAUUUCGCUAAGCCGACUGCGUCGACUCGACAUCACCCACCCUGCUCUCAUCGAAGAAUUGCACGAAAUUAUUGCCAACCAUCAAUACGAAUUGACACUGGGCAACGACUCUUGGAAGGAGAUCUUUGUCGGCACGCCGCAUCUGGCCCGCCGCACCUUCACUGGUUGUGGUUUACAAAUGCUUCAGCAACUUACUGGUAUCAACUUUAUCAUGUACUAUAGUACAACAUUUUUUGGUGGCGCGGGAAUCGACAGCCCCUACACCAAAUCCCUCAUCAUCCAAAUCAUCAACGUCGUCUCCACCUUCCCCGGCCUCCUUGUCAUCGAAUCGUGGGGCCGGCGAAGGCUUCUGAUGGCUGGUGCUAUUGGUAUGGCCGUCUGCCAGUUGACUAUUGCAUCAUUUACCACGGCAGCCGGUCAGGACCUGAAAACUGCCCAGCAAACUAUCCUCAUGGUGUUUUGCUCCCUCAAUAUCUUCUUCUUUGCUUCCUCGUGGGGACCCGUAGUCUGGGUCGUCACCUCCGAAAUCUACCCCCUCAAGGUUCGAGCGAAGGCCAUGUCCAUUUCUACGGCCUCGAAUUGGCUUCUUAAUUUUGGCAUUGGCUACAGCACGCCAUUCAUGGUGGACGGUGGUCCCGGGAAUGCAGGUUUCGGUCUCAAAAUCUUCUUCAUUUGGGGUUCAUUUUGUGUAUUCGCCGUCUUUUUCGUUUGGUUCAUGGUGUACGAGACGAGUAAGAUCAGUCUCGAGCAGAUUGAUGAAAUGUACGAGCGAGUCAACCAUGCCUGGAACAGCCCAAGCUUUGAGCCGAGCUGGAGCUUUCAGCAGAUGGUGGACGAAGGCUGGUCCCCCAGUGCCAUUCCUCCUGCCGGGCACGAGCUUCAUGCGACUACGUCGCAAAUGAGCGCCGAGACCACACUCAACGACACAAGUUCAACAAACACAACCCGCGAUACUGGCCACACGUCUUCAGAAGAAGACAAGGCCGUGGUGCCAAACAUGGCCAAUGUCGAUUUCACCUAUUAA